CUAAUAAUCCACACCAACACCGUAUGCAUUUUGUGAGAGUGUCGGAAAUGAAUCCGUCUGAAACAGUUGUUCAACUCCCUCCGGUUAUGGCGGUGCCGCCGCCUGAAUCUGCUCUUCAUGUUCCGCCGCCGCCGCUGCCUGAAGCAGUAGUUCAAGUUCCCCAUCCUCUUGAUGCUGCCGCCGAGCCUUCUGAAUCGCUAGCCCAAGCUCCUCCUCCUCUUGAUGCCCCGCCUGAACCAGUAAUUCCACGCAAUGCUCAGCAACAAGACCUAGAAUUGCCGAAGCUAGUUGUAGCGUUCUGCUUCACAGCAGCUUUUGAAAUCGCCUUCCGAUCCGUCCAGGCUCGCCGCUUGCUUGAACACGCUGGACUACUCUGUGGAGUUACCGCUUUCUUUGUGGCCAUCACCGUCUCUUUCCCCCUCUGCCUCAAACUCAUUUCUUCCUGGGUCGUAUAUGCUCUUUCAUUGCUUGCCAUUUCCAUCUGCAAUUCCCCUCCACCGCUCUGAACCCCUAAUGCUAAU